AAUAUUGCGUACCCGUGUUGUGAUUCAUAAAACUGGAUUUGAGUUAGUCACUCUUCAGUUUGCUGCCUAUCACGACUAUGAAAAUGUGUGUCAUACAAUUCUAUACGAUUUCUGUUCUCUCCAUGAGCUUUAUAUUUUACAAUGCUGUUGAAGAAGUGAUUGGUGAGCGACUACAAAGGAUGGUCAAUGCCGAUGAUGCCGCAGAUGCAGAGUUUCCGUCAUAUGCCUUCAUUAAUUCUCUGUACAUCGAAAAUGGCGUCCCAUAUCUUGGACAAUGUGGUGGAUCACUUGUUACCCGUUCCCACAUUCUUACUGCUGCGCACUGUACCACAUAUCACAAUAAUUCUGCGCUCUUUGUUUAUUACAUGCAUCCUGCCGAAGUGUUCGUUAUACUAGGGACUACUAGUAUACAGGAAGAUUCCCAUCGCCACAAUGUAAAGCGAAUAUAUAGACAUGAACAACAUCACAGCCUUUUCUAUCGCAAUCUUUGGUCAAGUUACGAUGUCGCCAUUCUCGAGUUACAGCAACCAGUAGAUCUAGGCCCUACGCAACAAAUUAUUAAUUUACCAUGUUACCGGCCAAACGUGGGUGAGCAAGGUAUACUGGUGGGAAGCGGAUCUCCCCACUCCCCAUUAGCGCGGAAAUUGACAAAAGCUGUAUUUAAAGUAGUCGAGUGCGAUGAUUGGGUGGCAAUAGGUAUACUUUGCCUCCGGAGCGAUAACACUAUAGUGAUAGCAUUUAACAUGUGAAGCACACAUAUCACCAAUAGAUGUUUGGGAAACAUGAACUUCUGUAGCAUUUUGAACUGCUAGAUCCAUGUUGAGUGUAGUAACAUGUGAAGUGUUAUUGUUUUUGUAAAUGGCCACUCCAGCGGCUCUAACAUUUUGUCGUUUAAAUUAUGCAAUACAAUGAAAGUUACAUAAGUCAACUGCUUCAUCUGCAGGACACCAUGUUUCAGUUAGCAACAAAAAGUUACUAUUUCUACAAAUAGGAUCUUGUAAAUCAGCAGCAUGUUUCCUGAGACUUUGACAGUUUAAAGUGUAUAUGGUUAAUUUAUGUCUGGAGUUGAUAAAAUCAGUGAUCAAUCGAUUAGUAAAGUCUUACACAACAUUGAUAGUAUGCCUUGUGUUCAACUGAUCAGGAUGGCGUCCAGUUUCAAUAAUAAUAUUUUGUGAUGCCUGUAAAGAUUGUUGAGAACUGAAAUAUUUUAAAAAAUAUGAUAUUAAAAUAUACAAAAAAAAAAAAUGUUGAGUAUGGCUUCAAUAUACUCAUGAACUUAAAUUUUAGUUACUUAUUGCAAUAUAUGACUAAAGAUUUGAGAAUAUAAAUUUAAUUAAUAAAUUUGUCCAUAUUCAUUCCUUCAUGAAUAAUAAAAAAAUAAUUAAUUAAAGAUAAUAUUAAUAUAAUUUAUAUAAUUAUUAAUCCCAACAUAAUUUAUAAAUUACUGAUAUGAUUAAUAUCAAUAUAAUUAAUUAAAUAUGGAGCUAUAAUAAUUACAGUUAUGGAGACAUGAAAAAUACGAUCUACUUACUGAUGACUUGGUAGUAUGCCAUAGGCUAGUUUCCCUUUCCUUGCACACGGUUGAUCACUUUGACCUUCUAAGUUAUCACUAUCACACAUAUUUUAUUUUCAAAAAUUGAAAUAAAAAAUUAAAUAUAACACAGGUUAUGUGUACCGUAUAAAGAACCACGUGGAACUGUGUGAGAAGCCACACCGUACACUCUACAAAACAUAAUAUAUAUAGGUAUACCUCAGUAUAGCGUGGCGGCCCAUCCCCACACCAUCCACUCUACUACACAGAAUAUAGAUAGGCAUACCUUAGUAUAGCGUGGCGGUUGCUCGCCACGGCAAGUAUCGCCACGCCAACGAUUCGGUUUAGGAGUGCGCCUAUAGAUGUUUCACAUCAAAAAGCAAUCAACU